AUGGCUACAUAUGGUUCGUUUCCUCUCGAAGCUUCGACUCUUGGCCGGCAGAAAGCUGAGACCGACGUUCAAUCUCAUCUCUUCGCAGAGAGCGCUCGCGCAACCAUUACCGCCGUUCCAGGGUUUGGUGCCCCUACUCCGCUGCCAUUAAGGAGAGCAGCCGCUCAGAUCGCGCUGGAACACCGGUCUCGGACCCCCGAACUAGACCUGGGCACACUGCAGGGCGUGCUAGGCGUUCAAGCGCGGGCAAAGAAGAUACACGGGCAGUGA